CUCAACUACUCUCAACUGCAAUGCAACCAGAAGUGCAAGAGUCUGCCCACUGGCACAGUACAUAAAACACAAUUCCCGUUUGGCCAAUAAAACUUUCCCACAAAACAGCAACAUGCUAGCAUGGAUUUUAUUUAUGUUGCUUCCAAUGGCGACUGUAUUUCGAGCAAGCGCGGGCAACGAAAUUGAACUACCGAAAGAUUUCGUAACCAGCAGCUCACACACCAACAACUGGGCGGUCCUGGUUGAUACUUCCCGUUUUUGGUUCAACUAUCGGCAUAUUGCUAAUGUGUUAUCCGUUUAUCGAUCGGUGAAACGCUUAGGUAUUCCGGACAGUCAGAUAUUGCUGAUGAUUGCCGACGAUAUGGCUUGUAAUCCGCGGAAUCCUCGUCCGGCGACAGUGUUCAACAACGCCAAUCAGCAUAUCAACGUGUACGGAGCGGAUGUGGAGGUCGAUUAUCGUGGCUACGAAGUCACGGUGGAAAACUUUGUUCGGCUGCUUACGGGAAGAAACGAAAACGGGACGGCUAGGUCCAAGCGAUUGCUUUCAGACGCCGGCAGCAAUGUACUCAUCUAUUUGACCGGUCAUGGUGGCGAUGGAUUUCUAAAAUUUCAAGACUCAGAAGAGAUUACUAAUCAAGAACUUGCCGAUGCUAUUGAACAAAUGUGGCAGAAACAGCGAUAUAACGAACUCUUUUUCAUGAUUGAUACUUGCCAGGCGGCUUCAAUGUAUGAGAAAUUCUACUCGCCUAAUAUCCUAGCCGUUGCCAGCAGUCUAGUAGGCGAAGAUUCUUUAUCGCACCACGUAGAUCCGGCGAUCGGUGUAUAUAUCAUUGAUCGUUACACCUACUAUGCACUGGAAUUCUUGGAAGGGGUGCAAGUCAACAGUAAGAAGACAAUGGGAGAAUUUCUUUCUGUCUGUCCCAAACGGGUUUGCAUCUCGACGGUUGGGGUUAGAAAAGAUCUUUACCCGAAAGAUCCUUACAAAGUACCUAUUACUGAUUUUUUCGGUUCCAUCAGACCAACUGAAGUUUCCUCCGGGGUAGUGAAUGUUACGCUUUCAACCAUUCCACUAGUUCACUUUGAACACAAGUCGAUAAGCAAGCCGAAUCCAGCUUUAUUCUACGAACAGUUUCCAAGCAAACUGUUUCUAUAAUUCCAUUCUAGUCAGGCAGCCAAAUACAAACAUACCUGUGUAAUUCAUGUUCGUUCAUC